AAUGGAAGAGGGAGAGAGUGGAGUUCCAAAGCUGUGGAGGAUGAAAAAUAAGGUUCAAAGCUUGGCUUUGCAUGAGGCUUUGAGGAAUGGACACGAGGACGUUGCACUUUAUUUGUGGGAACUAGACCGAGAAAUGGCUGGAGUUGUAACUAGUUUAGAGAGAGUCGAUCUCUUGCGUGAUGCUGUUAGAGGCCCAGAUGGGCAGAAUCCCCUGCAUGCCGCAGUCCUUGCAGGAAGCACUGAAUGCAUUGGUUAUCUGCUAGAAGAUGAAGAUAUUUUGAAACUCAUUAAUCAACCUGACGUUAGUGGAAAGACUGCCCUUCACUUUGCAACAGCAGCCAGAGAGACAAAUAUUAUACGUGAGUUGCUUAAGAGAAGUACCUCAUCUGCAUAUCUGCGAGACAGAAAUGGCCGGACGCCAUUACUGGAAGCUGCCAGCUCAGGAAACUUUGAUGUCUUUCAGGAGAUACUCCAACUCUGUCCAGACGCUAUCGAGCUCUGUGACCCGACUGGCCAGAACGCGCUUCAUCUUGCUGUGCUCAACAACACGAUGCAAAAUGUUAGGGAAUUCUUGCAUUUGCUAGAGAUGAAGGAGCUUGUGAAUGAACCUGACGAGGAAGGCAACACACCCUUGCAUUUAGCUGUCAAGAACGAGAACUACAAGUUGGUGAGAAAACUGAUGGAAACUAAGUGUGCAGACUUGAGAACCAAGAACAAUAGAGGCCUCACAGCACUAGACAUCUGCGAGGCCGACUGGAAUCUUUCUUAUAGACAGAAUUCUCUCCAUGCAUUCCUGAGAGGGCAAAAUGCACCCCGAGGUAGACAGCCCUAUAAUUAUUGGAAGCGCAAUCAAAAAUCAAAGAACGCCUUAAACCACCCUAACGCAAACUUAAAAAAUUUAGCGAACACAAUGUCAGUGGUUGCUGCACUUCUUGCUACGUUAACUUUCGCUGCUGCUUUUACAUUACCAGGGGGCUACCAUGCUGGUGAUAAAGAAAUACAGAAAUAUUCAACAAAUGAUAAAAAUAAAACCCUAGUAGGUUCUUCAAUCCUCAUAAAGAAACUAUCACUUAAGGUAUUUGUGUUGGCUGAUUCAGUAGCAAUGUGCUGCUCCAUGACAGUGGUGUUUCUCCUAAUUCUAGCAAUGGUUGGUGACACUGCCUUUUUGCGGUCAGCAAUUAUAUACAGCAGGAACUUGCUGAAUAUCGCCCUUUUGGGAACGUUGGUCACCUUUAUAACUGGAUUGUACACUGUAAUAUCACCACAGAGUAAAUGGUUAGCCAUCAUUGUCAUUAUCAUGGGCUCUAGUGUUCCAUUUCUCAUCAAAUUUUUGCGCCGCAAGUCUUCCACUUCAUCCCCUCUUGUUAUAAAAUAUCUCAAGGGAACAAUGAUGAAACCCGUGAUCUCCUACAGCCCUGGAAGAAGGCGUUCUAAUCUUAAUAUUAGUUAUGGAUACACUCAAGCCAAGUCACCUCGCUGGACUAAUUAA